AUGGCUGCUGCCGCUGAAAAUGGUAUGUCCAUGCAAGAGGUUGCCACUUGCGUUAUGUCGGAAUUUCAAGAUCCGAAGUUCCAAGACGAGGUGGAGACGUUCAUAAACUGCCACAUUGAAGAGUUUGCUGUAGUUCACUUUGAUGGGAGCUGUCCCAUGCAGUGGGUGAAUAUUCACCGGAAAUACAAGAAGCUCUACGAGGACCGGCUGUUGAAGGUCUUAGACGACUGCGAUGCAGACUGCACGCGUUUCAUGGAGUAUUUCAGCGCUUGCAGUGACGCGUAUGGGCACGACCCCAACUUCAAGGCGCUGAUGACGGCUUUAACAGCAAGUGAGGACUUCUCCAGCUUUCAGGAGCUGAUGUUCAACGCGGUGCGCGAGAACUGGGAACCCGAUGAAUGCCAAAAAGGUCCAGUCGCAGGCUAUCAGUUUCACCAAGUGGAGGUUGCCCUUCCCGAAAAUGCCGAGCCCGGAAGCAGUUUCCUUGUCAACUACCUUGGCCAUGCACACUCCCUCACGGUGCCGCCGGAGAGCGAAGGCGUGAUGACUGUGACGCUGCAGGUGCCCGAGGCUUUGCCAGCCUCCGCAGGCCCACCGCCGGCACCGCCACCCCCACCACCGCCACCGUCGACCUGA